CAGAUGGACAGCAGCCCUUCCAGCAUCAAGGUCAGGCCUGACCAAGCUUCUCUUUGGAUAAAGCAAAUUCUGUCCAGCUCCUGUAGAGUCUGUCCCUCCAUUCAGCGCCUGUAACCUCAGGAUCAGUCGGGAUCAGUCUCCACCUCUCCAGCAAACAGCCGGCAUGAGGGAAAGAGGGACCGACGGUACCCGUUCUCGGCUCAUUUCCUUGGCCCAGGGCUCGGAUCAUGCAUAAGGACAGAGCUGCCUCUCAGAUUUAUGGGACUGACCCUUGAUGGACGUUGCCGCAUUUAACAGCACACAUCAGUGGCUUUAUGAAGAGAAGAUUGACAGGCAUUCUAAUACUGGAGUUGAGGCUUCUUUAUAUAUUUUGCAGCUUGUUGUGUGUUAUUGUGUAGUCCUGUGCAGGAUGCAUAAUGUGCUCUGUCAUCAGACUCGAGUUAGUUGAAUAGAGAAGAAUUGAUAGGGUCGAUUCCUAUUCAAUUUAAUGUUAAUUUAGGAAUAUAAUGGAAAAAAAGGAUUGCCUUCUAAUUCAAAUCAAUGGUAGUAUAGUGUAAUAAUAGCAGUUUUACAUCAGGGUGCAGAAAGCAAAUGAAAGAUGAUUGUAUCUGCAUAGGCUUGAGCUAGCAUGGCCUUCAUAAGUUCCUUUAGAAACAAGGAAAAUCUGACCUUUUUCUAAAGAAGAUACUGUAACAAUUUAUUUGAUCAGUGACCUAGAAAUAUUGAUCAUCCAAAAUGAUCAUAUAAACAUCAUAAUGUCACUUUGAUGUAUUAUUUCUAGAACGUUUUAGUUUGAGAUCAGACUUUAAAUCGCAGACUUCAACGCGCUCCCAGAUAUUGGACCACAUGAACUUCUAAGCAAAAGAUGCUUUCGAGGAAGAAUGCAAAUUAGCCUGUCACGAGGAAGACAAGAUCUGAUGAUCCAUAAUUAGGUCAUAAUCUCAUGAAGUCUGUAGGCCACUUGUCAAGGGACUGCCAGCUGUGUGACCUUCCGUAAGGAAUAGACUGCCUGACAGAUCUCCACAAUGCCUUGUUCUCCCUUCCGUAUCAGGAGGCCGAAGAAAUUUUGGAGACAGGAUGGAGGAGAGCAUCUCUGCAUAUCUAACACGCUAGAACCUGCUCUGUUCCAGCCGUCACUGCCCCACACUGGCCCUCCGUUCCUCAAGAGCAACAGAAUGGACGAGCAGAGAUGCACUCUUCCUCCACCCCUCAAAACUGAGGAAGAUUACAUCCCUUACCCCAGCAUCCAUGAGAUUCUCGGCAGAACGGGUCCAUUUCCCUUGAUUCUGCUUCCUCAGUUUGGGGGUUAUUGGAUUGAGGGGUACAAUCACGAGUUGAGCAACGGGACAGACCCAGAGCAGCUCCUUUCGCCCACCUCACGCUUUAAACUGGAGUGCAACACCACAGCUAAGAUCUACAGAAAACACUUUCUGGGCAAGGAACACUUUAAUUACUACACAGUGGACAGUGCCCUGGGCCACCUGGUGUUUUCUAUGAAAUAUGACGUUAUCGGGGACCAAGAGCAUCUACGCCUCAUGCUCAGAUCUAAAAUGAAAACUCAUCACGAUGUGAUUCCAAUAUCAUGUUUGACUGAGUUUCCCAACAUUGUCCAGAUGGCCAAGCUCGUGUUUGAAGAAGUGAACGUGGACCGGUUUUUCCCUGUGCUCUACCCAAAGGCGUCUCGGCUCAUCGUCACUUUUGACGAACACGUUAUAAACAACAACUUCAAGUUUGGAGUCAUUUAUCAGAAGUUUGGACAGAUCUCAGAGGAGGAGCUGUUUGGGAAUAAUGAGGAGAGUCCUGCGUUUGUGGAGUUUUUAGAGUUUCUGGGACAGAAGAUCGAGCUUCAUGACUUCAAAGGGUUCCGUGGUGGGUUGGAUGUGACCCAUGGACAGACGGGAUCAGAGUCUGUCUACCACAACUUCCACAACAAGGAGAUCAUGUUCCACGUGUCUACUAAGCUGCCUUACACAGAAGGUGACACGCAGCAGUUACAGAAGAAAAGGCACAUAGGAAAUGACAUCGUAGCCAUCGUGUUUCAAGACGAGAGCACUCCAUUUGUGCCAGACAUGAUUGCCUCCAACUUCCUGCAUGCCUAUGUUGUGGUGCAGGUGGAGAAUGCCUGUUCUGACAAUGUCUUAUAUAAGGUGUCAGUAACGGCACGAGACGACGUGCCAUUUUUUGGACCAUCCCUCCCCAACCCGGCCAUUUUUAAGAAAGGUCCAGAGUUUCACGAAUUCUUGCUAACCAAAUUGAUCAAUGCUGAAUAUGCCUGCUACAAAGCUGAGAAAUUUGCCAAACUGGAGGAGCGAACACGAUCCGCCCUGCUGGAGACGCUGUAUGAAGAGCUACACGUCAACAGUCAGGCCAUGAUGGGUCUGGGAGGAGAAGAGGACAAGCUGGAGAACGGAGGAGGAGGUGGAGGGGGCUUCUUUGAGUCCUUUAAGCGGGUGAUCCGCAGCAGGAGCCACUCUCUGGACGCCAUGGGCCUCAAUAUCAGGAAGCACACAGUCUCCAAUAGUCACAGCGGCAGUUUCACCCACAACAAUCAUCACCACUCACCAGAGACCCCCAAAAUCCCUGGGAUAUCAUUGCUUGUCCCAGGCAAAAGUCCCAGUAAAUAUGGACGCCGCGGCAGUGCCAUAGGAAUAGGAACCAUAGAAGAGUCUUUGAUCAUUCCCGGGAAGAGUCCAACAAGGAAGAAAUCAGGACCCUUCAGCUCUCGACGGAGCAGCGCUAUCGGGAUUGAAAACAUCCAGGAGGUUCAAGAGAAGAAAAUUGCUGCUCUGUUGUCAGACGACAAGACUGUGCUCUGUAUAUCUCUACCCAGCAUCACUCUCAAGAAUGGGAGACUCAUCUUGGAUCCCUCAAACAGUAGGGAGUGCUCCCCCUACACACAGAAGACACCAGACAGUGGACACGCCUCCCAGGACCCCAAGUCUGAAAACUCCUCCAAUCAGAGUUCACCUGAGGCUCUGGUCACUAAAAACAGCUCAAGCGUGUAUUGUCGGGCUCCGUCCAUCCCUGAGGCUCAUGACCUGUCUCGCUCCUCAUCCAACGCCAGCAGCUUUGCUAGUGUGGUCGAGGAGAAUGAAACCGAGGCUACAGAGGACUACGACACCGGGAUGGAGAGUCUGUCAUCUGCGGGCACUCCUCAAAAACGCGACUCAUUGACGUACAGCAUGUGGUUGGAGGACAGCGUGAGCACUCCCAGUACAACCAGCAGUGGGAGUUCUCCUGCCCCAGGCAAAAACCAGGAGCAGAACCGUCCAGACAUCAAAAUCAAACUCGAGCGACCACAUGACCACAAAUCCACAUCAAACUGCUAGCCUUUCCUGCUGGAUUGCCUCGUGGACUCCAUUUACAGUCAGCAUAUUCAUAAGAAAAACCACCUUGGAAGGAUGAGCAAGCUCUGGUUAUUGUUGUGAAGAAGAACAAUGAACCACCAGUUGGCUGCAGGAGUGACAACAUGCACCCAGGACCACGAUCAUCUUACCAUGUCUGAAAAAGACAACAGACAGUGGAUUACAGGAAACCAGAGACUUCAUAGUGGCUGUGAGCAUGUGCCUGUGUUACUUCUCUCCGCUCCUUCAACAUGUCCUCCAGUUCUCCUUCAACCUCAGUAUUGGUCCACUUGCUGUUUUCAUCUAAAACCCUUGUAAGUAAAUACAAUAAAUAAAUGAGAACUGCGCUGCUCUGUAGCAGCGUCUGCAGACGCUUCCCUUGCUGGUGAAUGACUCAUCUAAAAGAUUGUACAGUAUAAGGUCCUAACACUGUGCUAUAAUUUUAUUUUGUGAUCUUUGUCUCAUGAAGGACGUUUCACGCCUUUGCACGAUGAGAGCUUAUUUCAGCUGAUGCACAGUAGACGCCAAACUGUUUCUCAUGUGCUGAUGUUCUUUUCAUUGAUGUGACAUUUAAUAAGUUACUGUUUGUUCAUUACAAGCCAUGAAAGCUUGGUAAUACAUCUUGUGCCAUUAUUUCAGAGGAACCACUCUCUGAAAGUUGACGUACUGGAUUAUAUUUUAAAAAAGCAACACAGUUGUAUAACAUGAAGUGACAUUUUAAUGCAGAAAAAUUAAUGAUUUGUGUCAACUAUAUUCCCUAUAUUCCCUUAUCCCUGUGGCUCUGUCCUUUUAAUGUUUUUGUUUUGUUUCUCAAAUGGUUAAGGUGAAGCGCUAUAAGAGAUUCCGUGUUUGGCAUUUUUGCAACUCGAUGUAUCAGCUUAACAUUUGGAGAAAAUUUGCUAAACAAUGUCUUGCAAAAAUAUGGACUUGCAGAUCUAAUUGUUAUUACCACCUGUACCUGAACGGGGCGCUUUAAUGCAAAUCUACAAAUUUUACAUUAGGAUUUGGUUGGUGUCAAAAUGCAACAGUUUGCAACAUUGCAGCUAGAUGUUGGACAUGUCUUACCAACAGAUGCAUUCACCUAAGUCAAUGAUACUAUACUAAUUCAAAUGACCGGCUAAUACAAAGCAGAAAUAACUGUAAAUCUGUAAUCCUUGUCAUGUCUUUUGCUCAGCUUUGAUAAAAAAAUCAAUAUGUUGAUUGUAUUCUGUUUACCAUAAGCAGUUUGUGCUAUAUGCUACAGGUCUUAGUUUAAUCUUUAGUGCAGUCAGUGUAUAUAAAUGUGGCUGUUCUCAUCUUGUUUGUUACUUAAACUGUUUAAAUGUCAACUCAGACCAGGGUCUUUGCUGUAAACGAUCUUAUUCUUUGCUUUGAGUUACAGUUAGUUUGAUCAAGACGGUGCAGAUGAUACUCAGGGUACAAAAGUAACUCUUGUCAAAUGCUGAAUACGAGUAAAACGAGACUUGGGAAAGUACAGUAAAUUGAACUAAAGUGAACAGUUGGGCGCUAGCUUUAGUAGAGACUGUAACAUAAUACAUGGACAUCAGAAAGUAAAAUUCUAGUAUAAUGAUGACAGUCCUGGAAAUCAUGGACUAUAAUAAUAACUUUUACUGCUAAGACACCAAAUAGAAACGAUGAGGAGAAAAUGUAUAAUAUUUUUUUUUGUAAGAGGUACGGCUUUACAGAGAAAGAGAGAAUCAGAGAGACACGCCACAGGCAUAUUUUGGAUAUGCGAGAUGUGACUAGGUGACCUUAUUACUCCUCUUCACUACGUCAUAUUCUAAUCAUGACUUUAAACAUGUGUUGUUGCAUAUUUCUCUACUUUUAAACCAUUAUUAUUCAUUGUUUAAAUGACAAUGACAAAUAAGAUGUUUGCUUUAAGUUAAAAGCAUAGAACAAUGGAUAGAACAGUACAGUCGGUUGAGUUUGCCUUAUUCUAAUAAGUGUCAAAGCAAAUGAAGAGGAAAUCUUUGCAUAAUAUUGUUUUUUAUAGUUUAUGUAUUUAUGACGAAUAAAUUGGCCUUACUGGCUGCCAUUAAACUGCCUUUAUAUUGGUCCUCACCCGACGCCAUUAAUGUUCUAUGUUGUUGUCAUACUGUGCAUACCCAUACAUAUUUGCUUUAGUUCUCAUAAUGAAUCCACCACAGUGGCAUGCUUAGAAGCAUUGAGUUUAUUUCUUAUACUGGACUAAAUUAAAGGCUGGACGUUAAAGCAUGAAGUGAAAAAGAAUUACAUCAUAAUGACAACACUAGUCACGUGGUCAGAUGUGUAUGGACAAAGAAGCUAAAGGAAAUUUUUGUUUAGUCUGCUUUGCCGAAUGCUUUAGCGCCCUCUCGUGGUAAUUCAUAGUUUUAGCAGCACUUACCUUCAGGUGUCCAAUGAACAUGACUGUAAUUGCUUUCAUGUGCAAUUCCAAUCAAAUGUGACUGGAAAAGAGAGAUGCCGCACAAAAACAGGGUAUGAAUUUUUAGACAAUGUUAUGCUUUGCUUUUAGCAGCUGCUGCUUAUUUGACCUUCUCCUGUGCAAUCAUUAUUGUAAAUAUAGCUUUUUUGUACAUACUGCCCAUCAAAUCUGAAACAAAUAAAUAUGUGUGAAAUUUC